AUGAGUGCUACAAGCCCUAUCAACAUAGAUAGCGAGGGCGACAGUGAAACCGAAACCGAAGACCAUAUGAUAUUGGAUUCGCCUCCUGCAGGCGUCGUGUUUCGAGACUCUGCUAGCGCGACUCGGGAUAACCCCGUUCGUCCCACUAGUCCUAGGGUCAAGGCUGAGACUUCUGCCACGUCUGCGAUGAGGAAUAUUCCUCAUGUCCCUGCUUUGUCCAAUUUGUUAGCGGAACGUGGAGCUCCCGCGAGCCUCGAGUUGAAAGCUCAGAUGCGCCACUAUCUUAAGAAGUUCCCUGGGUGCGAUGAAGUUACGGAACACCUGCGUGUUGAUUUCUCGAAGCCCGCAAUCUGUGUCUGUUGCGCUGAGAAUAUCGCCCGGUUUGGUGCUUACCCAAGUCUGUGCCACUUUCGCGACGGCAGUACCAAGUGCCACAACUGCGCCGCCACCGGAGGGACUUGCUUUCAAUUUCCAGAGCCUAAGAUAGCAGUCCUACGCCGAUUGGUACCAUGGGAUCCUUUCACUAGGAGCUUCUGGUUCAGUAAUAAAUUUCCUCGCGUUCCAAUUGAUAUUGGGAUGCUUCGGCGAUACGUUAAUAAGCUUCUGGAUUUCUUUGAUCUAUGA